GACAGUUUCAUUCGACCGAACGAACGUUAAGGGACGUCGUUCGUCUCUUUGUGCGGCGCCUUUAAGGCCGUGCAUCCAUUAAAUUGAAUCAAAAAAAAAAAGAAAAGAAAAAGUAAGAAGAGAGAAACGAGAGAUAAUAUAAAAGAAGAUUAUUUAACGCGACAGUGUUUUACGUUAAAAGAGUAUAACGAGGUUAGGAUAUCUAGAUUAGAAUUCAGUGGAUCGUUAAGUCAUCUAAUCACUAAUAGGAUGCUCAAAAUCCUGAAAGCCGGCUGUACCGGCUUUAAGAGACUUCAUACAAGCAGCCAGAAACAGCUGCAACCUGUACCUACAUCGAAGAAGUUGAGAUCGUUGAAAUACAUGGAUGUUACUUUUGGAAGUGCCUUAGAAUUAGAACGAGCUCAGACACGUGAAUACAGCUUUAUUCAUGACAGUCAUUACAUGUACACGAAAGAUCAGGAUCAUGCAUCGAAUGCUGAAGAUGUUCUCUUUGAUAUGUUCAAAAAUGAAGAAACUGGUCUUCUCUCGGUUGGCAAGUUUCUCGCUGCUUUGAGGACAACCGGUUUAAGAAAAAAUGAUCCCCGACUUCAAGAAUUUUCGGACAAUUUGAAGAAAGAACAUUCGAAAUGUGGAGGACACGAAGGCGUGUCAUACGAGACGCAGAGAUUAGACAGGGAACAAUUUAGAAGAAUCGUAAAUCCGAACAUAGUGUUAAUAUCACGAGCGUUCAGGCAUCAGUUCAUUAUUCCAGAUUGGCAAGGUUUCACAAAACACAUAGAAGACUUUUAUUGGAAAUGUAAAUCGAAUACAGAGGGCAAGGUUGCUUCAUACAUUCCACAGUUAGCAAGAAUGAGUCCGGAUUAUUGGGGAGUCUCAGUUUGUACGAUAGAUGGUCAAAGAUUCAGUAUUGGGGAUACGUCAAUUCCAUUCACGUUACAAAGUUGCAGUAAACCAUUGACAUACGCGAUAGCUUUGGAUAGGCUAGGACAAGAAGUUGUUCAUCAGUAUGUGGGCCAAGAACCAUCGGGAAGGAAUUUCAACGAGCUCGUUUUGGAUUACAAUAAAAAACCACAUAAUCCGAUGAUCAAUGCCGGCGCCAUAUUGGUUUGUUCGCUCUUGAAGGCUCUCAUAAAACCCGAAAUGACAUUGGCUGAGAAGUUCGAUUUUACUAUGAAUUAUUUCAAGAGAUUGGCAGGAGAUGAAAAUUUUGGUUUCAACAAUGCAGUUUUCUUGUCGGAACGUGAAGCCGCUGAUAGAAAUUAUGCUCUUGGCUUUUACAUGAGAGAAAAUAAGUGUUAUCCAGAUAAAACGAAUCUCCGUGAAAUCAUGGACUUUUACUUUCAAUGCUGUUCAAUGGAAGCAAAUUGCGAAACUAUGGCGGUAAUGGCGGCGACAUUGGCGAAUGGUGGUAUAUGUCCUAUUACCGAAGAGAAGGUCCUUAAACCAGAUAGCGUUCGAGAUGUACUUAGUCUGAUGCAUAGUUGUGGAAUGUAUGAUUACAGUGGUCAAUUUGCAUUCAAGGUUGGAAUACCAGCAAAAUCUGGAGUAUCAGGAAGUCUUCUUGUAGUUAUACCAAAUGUGAUGGGUAUCUGUACGUGGUCGCCACCUUUAGAUCUUCUUGGCAAUUCUUGCCGAGGCGUACAAUUUUGCGAAGAACUCGUAACCGAGUUUAAUUUCCAUAGCUACUAUGAUCAUAGGUACGAUAAUCUGAAGCACGCGACCAACAAGAAAGAUCCAAGAAGACACAAGUACGAAACGAAGGGCCUAUCCAUAGUCAAUCUUCUCUUCAGUGCUGCCAGUGGCGAUGUUCCUGCAAUGAGAAGGCAUCGGUUGAGUGGUAUGGACAUGACAUUGUCCGACUAUGACGGAAGGACAGCUUUGCAUUUGGCUGCUAGCGAAGGUCAUUUGGAUUGCGUUGAAUUCCUGAUCGAACAAUGUAGCGUACCUCACGAUCCUAAAGAUAGAUGGGGCAAACGACCAAUAGACGAAGCGAAAAAUUUCGGUCACGCGCAGGUUGUAGAGUAUUUAAACAAUUAUGCUGUUGCGCACAAAACCGAACGCGAAUAUGAGGAAAAUAAAGAGAACGAGGUGAAUGAAGAAAAAUCUUCUGAAAAGGUCGGCCAAUCGCCAUUACCAUAAAAAGGAUCUCAUUAAUUAAAAAAUUCAAGGAUACCGAGGUCAUAAAAAUCAAACGAGUCAGAAUAAACGAGAAAUGUUAAUUACAUAUCGAUAGUAAUCACAACUAACGUUGAUGAUCUUUGUUCGUAUCUCACAAUUCUAAAAUAUUUUUAUUUGCAUAAAUUAUUAUUUCAAGCGAUAUAUCAAUUAAUUAUUUUUAAAGAGUAAUGGACAUACUCGAUGCAAUAUCAUCGAUUAGUUCAUUGUUCCGUUCUGGAUGACAAUUAAUCAAUUAUUUUUAUUUAUUGAUUUUCUUUCGAAUUAAUUAUUAUAAAAGCCAAAGAAAAAAAAACGCCUAAGGAUAGGCAAUAUACUAUACUUUGUCGAUAAUAUUAUUGCUUUCGAAUUAGGAAUUCAAUUCUUUUUUUCAUGUUCAAGAUGAUGAAUAAAAAAGUAAUACAAUAUAUGUAUAUGGAUAUAAAUAUGUAAUAGAGAAGCUUAUUCUGUCGAUAAAUACAAUAAUUCAAAAUGUAGAGGAUAUAUUACCAUGUUAUCUACAUUAUCGACCUAGUAUGAAGAAUUGCCUAUUUCCAGGCAUAAUUCAAAUAGAUUAAUGAAUCUAUAAGUCAAUAUUAGUAUUUAUUUUUUUUUUCCAAGUUUUUAUUCAAUUUAAUCGAAUUCUAAAGACUUGACUACUUUCAAAUUAUUCAAUUUAAAUCUGUGAUUAGAAUUUGAUAGAAAUUUAUAAGUUUUUUUUCCAAUUAAGCAGUACUUUCUCGUCUACCUCUAUUAUCGUUAUUUCUAUAAUGAUACGAAUCUGCUUUAUUUUAUUAUUAAAUCAAUUUCUAUGAAUUUCUUUGAUUUAUUAUUAUUUGUACUGUCAGUAUUUGUUUAUUUUCUCUUUUUGUUUUUUAAUUUAUUCGUUAUUUUAUAAAUUUGAUUGCUCGGAAGCGACCUUUUCUACGCUUCUAUAAAUUAAUUAAGAUGUAAGAGAUCGAAGAAGAGAGAUAGGACAGGUGUGAUGUCAAUUUUUUCGUGAUUGCACGAAUACAUCUAGUACAGAGUAGAUUUAUUAUUAUUAUUAUUAUUAAUAUUAUUAUAGUUAUGCUAAAUAUGUAUAAAUAUUUGAAAUAUCUCUCUCUCUCAUUCUAACUGCGAAUAUUACGUUUCAUCGGAUUGUAUAUGUGUAUAAACAAAUAGAUAUUUUGUUGAAGGACAACAAAAAUGACAAUAAUUGUAAUAUUUGUAAGCAGGUACUUACAUGAAUUAUACGAGCAUACGAUCGAAAGUUUUUUGAUGAUCUACAUUUCUGAUGUUAGAUAUUUUACGUGCUGGAAAUUAGUGUUUUUGAGAUAAUAUUAAAAAUGAUCCUUAUCGUAGUUAUCGCAGCUUCGACUCUUCAUAUAUCCUUUUUUCGUGUUCUUAUUGAUAUUUUUAAGAUAAAUAUUAUUUGUAUAUUGAUAUUUACAUAAUUAUACGUGUCUAUCGAUUCAUUCACCGUUAGAUUUAAUAAUAUUUAAUAGUGACAUGACGAUUAGAGAAUACUUCUUUGUUUUUUUUUUAUAAAGCAAUCGAAAAUAAUAAUUUAAUAAAAUAUACAAAUUAUUUAUAAAUACAAUUGAAAUAUCUUUGGUAAUAAAUAUUACAAAAGAAGAAAGAAAAAGAUUACUUUAUUUGAUUAAGAAAAAGAAAAAGCGGAAAAGAAUUAUUAUUCUUUGAUCUAACGGUAUCAUAAUUUCUUAGGAUACAGUCGUUUAUGUAAUAUGAAAUAUUUUCAUACUUUGUGAUGAUAUAUAUAUAUAUAUAUGUAUGUAUGUAUGUAUGUAUGUAUAUUAUAUGGACAUUAAUUUCAGUAUUAGCAAACUCGAAGUUAAGUUCUCUUCUGAUAUUUUAAUACUCAAUAUCUUGCUUUAUAAAUGCAACUUUCUUUAUAAUUUUAGUGAUUUCAAAGAAUCGAUCAUUCCGCUGCUAUAUUAUGCUUCUUAGAGAAGUUUCAUUGUAUUGAUGCAAACAAAAAAAAAACAAAAAAGAAAAAAAGGGAUGAUUGAUACGAUCGAUCCUAUUUUCGAUCAUUAUUCGAUCAUAGAUCUACCCAUGUAUUUGCCGAGUUUACGAAAUAAAUAUUAUCUAUGAGAUCUUA